AACGGCGGAGUUCAGAUGCGCUCUUUGUGGCCUUUUUGUUUCUUCUCGUAACAGUCCCAGUGCCAACAGUCUCAGUAGGAAAUCAAACAACAGCAACAAUGACUGGCGGACAAACCAACAACACAGGAGCACCAACCGAGGAUCCAGGAACAACCCAAAGUCCAACAAUAACCAACGAUCAAGGAGCAUCAACCAACGACACAGGAGCACCAACCGAGGAUCCAGGAACAUCCCCAACUCCAGGACCAACCAACACUCCAGGACCAACCCCAACUCCAGGACCAACCAACACUCCAGGAACACCCCCAGCUCCAGCAACAACCAACGACCCAGGAACACCCCCAACUCCAGGACAAACCAACGACCCAGGAACACCCCCAACUGCAGGACCAACCAACACUCCAGGAACACCCCCAGCUCCAGCAACAACCAACGACCCAGGAACACCCCCAACUCCAGGACCAACCAACACUCCAGGAACACCCCCAGCUCCAGCAACAACCAACGACCCAGGAACACCCCCAACUCCAGGACAAACCAACGACCCAGGAACACCCCCAACUCCAGGACCAACCAACACUCCAGGAACACCCCCAGCUCCAGCAACAACCAACGACCCAGGAACAACCCCAGCUCCAGCAACAACCAACGACCCAGGAACACCCCCAACUCCAGGAGCAACCAACACUCCAGGAACACCCCCAGCUCCAGCAACAACGAAUGCUCCAGGAACACCUCCAACUCCAGGACAAACCAAUGCUCCAGGAACAACCCCAACUCCAGAACAAACCAACGCUCCAGGACCAACAGACACUCCAGGACCAACCAAUGCUCCAGGACAAACUAAUGCUCCAGGACAAACCAACGCUGCAGGACAAACUGACGCUCCAGGACAAACAGACACUCCAGGACCAACCAAUGCUCCAGGACAAACUGACGCUCCAGGACAAACCGACACUCCAGGACAAACCAACGCUGCAGGACAAACUGACGCUGCAGGACAAACCGACGCUCCAGGACAAACCGACGCUCCAGGGCAAACCGACGCUCCAGGACAAACCGACGCUCCAGGACAAACUGAUGCUCCAGGACAAACCGACGCUCCAGGACAAACCGACGCUCCAGGACAAACUGAUGCUCCAGGACAAACUGAAGCUCCAGGACAAACCGACGCUCCAGGACAAACUGAUGCUCCAGGACAAACCGACGCUCCAGGACAAACCGACGCUCCAGGACAAACUGAUGCUCCAGGACAAACCGACGCUCCAGGACAAACCAAUGCUCCAGGAACAACCACAUGUGCAACACCAACUGUGACUGUGCCAACAGUCGAUGGGAAGUGUUUAGCUGUUGGUGCAACCACGCUUGAUGUGACUUGGAACGCUGUAACUGCCACCAAUGCUGAGGGUGCAAGCAUCACCUGUACUGAUUCUGGAGGCGGAACUGGAGUGACGACCACUGGUGGCACCUUUGGGGCAGGAUCACACACAAUAACGUGCAGCGUUACCAAUUCUGGCGGUUGCUCUGGCUCCAAUACCUUCACAUUUAGCGUAGCAGCAACACCAACUGUGAAUGUGCCUACUGUCAGUGUGCAGUGUUUAGUGGCUAGUGAAGCUACACUUUCGGUCACUUGGGACGCUGUAACUGCCAUCGAUGCUGGGGGAGCAAGCAUCACCUGUGCUGAUUCUGGAAGCGGAGCUGGAGUGAUGACCACUGGUGGCACCUUUGAAGCGGGAUCACAUACAAUCGUAUGCAGUGUAACCAAUUCCGACGGUUGCUUGGGCUCCAAUACCUUCACAUUUGACGUAUCAGCAACACCAACUGUGAUUGUGCCUACUGUCAGUGUGCAGUGUUUAGUGGCUAGUGAAGCUACACUUUCGGUCACUUGGACCGCUGUGACUGCUACCGAUGCUGGGGGUGAAAGCAUCACUUGUGCUGAUUCUGGAGGCGGGACUGGAGUGACGACCACUGGAGGCACCUUUGGAGCAGGAUCACACACAAUCACGUGCAGCGUUACUUCCAAUGGUUGCACAGGCUCAAACAGCUUCACAUUUCUCGUAGCAGCACCAACUGUGAAUGUGCCGAGUGUCGACUCACAGAGUUUACCAGUUGGUGCAACUACACUUGCUGUGAAUUGGAUCCUUGUAACUGCCACCAAUGCUGAGGGUGCAAGCAUCACUUGUACUGAUUCUGGAGGCGGAACUGGAGUGACGACCUCAGGUGGCACCUUUGGAGUAGGAUCCCACACAAUCACGUGCAUGUUUUCCCAAUCUGCUAGUUGCUCUGCCUCCAAUACCUUCACAUUUGACGUAUCAGGCUGCGAGCUGUCCGCAUCCAGUUGCCUGAAUGGAGGCGCAUUCGAUGCAAAUUUCUGCCAGUGUGUUUGUCCGUCUGCUUUUUCUGGACCAACUUGUGCAGUUGCCAGUCCCUGUAUGGCGUCAAACCCGCCAUGCUCAGGUACUGGGAUGUUCUGUCAACCUGCUACCAACACUGACGGCUACACUUGCGAAUGCAAUGGGUUUGAACAAUAUUUUCGCCAGAGUGAUGAUACAUGUGCACAACCCGAGGCUACACUCCAAUUAGGCCUGUCAAUAGACAAGGAGUUCAUAAGUGCCUACAACAAUCCAUCGUCUGCUGCAUUCAAGAAUCUUGCCGCAAUGAUUAUCUCAGCGCUCCUGGAAGCACUGCAGGGACAGGGUGUGACAGCGGUAAUAGUUUUGAGCUUAGAACCUGGCAGUGUGGUCGCACAAACGGCACUAGCAUUCGAAGGGCAGCAGGAACCAUCGGUGGAGGCCGUUAGCAAUACAAUAGUGAUGGAUGGACUGGGCGACGCCCUACCUGUUGUCCAGGGCUCUGUCAGUGUCAGCAACACAUCAAUGGUAUCAGACUGCACACAAGAUGGUUGUAUGAAUGGCGGAGUAUGCCAGCCGUCAGGCUUCACCCCUCAGCAAGUUUGCAGUUGCCCAGCAUCAUUUACUGGUGCGCGGUGCGAGACUGCAGUACCCACGUCACUACCGGAAACGACAGCCCCAGAGACUACGGCAGCCCCAGGAGGUGGUUUGACACCUGCAGUUACAGCCGUCAUCGUAGUCGUGUGUGUUGUGCUCCUGUUGGUGAUAGUAGGAAUCACCCUGUUUUUCUGCAUGGUAAUGAGGCGUCAGUACCUUAUGAAGGAUCAAAUCUACCGUCAGCCAAGUAGACAGUUCCAACCUAGAAGGAGACCCUUUGAUUUUGAAGAUCGCAGAGAUCGCAGGUUUACCUUUGAUGAUGACUACAGUGUAGCUGACUACAGGGAGGAAGACAUGCGGAUGAAUCGUCUCGCUCAUGUCAUGAGCCGGUCACCUUACCAACAGACUAUGCAGGAUCGUCCACAGUUCAUCCGACCAUACAUGGUUACUGGACACGAGGCAUUGGAACUCUACCAAGAUGACUUAGCGCUUGAUGAAAGGGCUCAUGCAGGCCGCGUGGUCUACAAUCCUGCCAUCUACUACUAAACCACGUCACUGGCCACAUCUUUCAUAGCUGCAGAUGCAGCUCUGUGACAGAAGAGAAGUUCAAGUUCAAGUAGAAAAUUAAUACUCGCACAUACAGGGUGACCCCCCCAAAAAAGUUGUGCAGGCAGACAUUUUUACAUUUCUCAAAAUAUACUCAACAUCAGCAGUUCGUGUUGAUGGAGUAUAUUGUUUGUACUCUUGUGUGUAUAAUCACAGCGGAAAUUGGACGGAAACUCCAUCCGUGAAAACCAGAGAUAAAAUAUUUUUGUAAACGGCAGUUGUGUUGUUCACCCGUUCCAAUGCGAUUUGCACAGGUAAUGAAAAGACCCAUUGCUGAGUACCAGUUGAGCCAUUUCCAAUUCAAUGUCUAAUUCCCAUUGAAAUGGUUGAAAACACACAUAUCCUUUUAUAAUAUGUUCUAGUACAGCUCUGGUAUGCAUUAAUGGGUGUCCAUGACAUUUUCACUGAUUAUACACAAGAGUAAAAUUAAUGUGCUCCAUCAAAGUGAAAUACUCAUGUUAGGUACUUUUUGAGAGAAGUAAAGAUAUCUGCCGGCACUACUUUUUCCGGUUCACCCUGUUUGCAUUCACCCAAUCUGAUUCCGUGUCCCUCUCCCUUAUUCUUGAUUUGAGGUGUUUUCUGUAGGAAAAAGACACAGCAAACGGCCGUUUUUUGAAACUAACCUCUCACUUCAACAUUUAUCUCUGUUGAAACUUAUUUUGGAUCUGGUAAAGUGUUUUUUAUUUAACCCUUCUUUCGUGAUUUAAAUUUCAUACACUCAUCCCUAUACCAGAAGGAGGCAUUUACUGAUGCGAAAUAAAACACUGAACAUUCAGUACUAUUUGUGGUCGUCUUCAACUGUUCACCAAUAUCAUUAGAUAAAGAGAUAAACAGAUUUGUAUUCAAUACAGGGUGAGUAAAAAAACCCGAAACCCAAAUGUCCAACUUGCUUUAGUGAAGUUCUGCAUGUAGCAC